CGCGGCCAGAUCCCGAACUGGACUUUUUGGCGCUACACGCUGUCUUAUAAAUGGUAUACCACAGAGAAGUACAGAGAGUGACGCAGGAAGAAGCAGCGACAGUGGCAGCCCAGAGCUCCCCGCCAGCAAACGUAUGUGACAUGAGGAGCAUAGACACUCGGUGUGCCGACAAAAGGCCCAAAAGGAUGGCAGCCGCACUCAUCAGGAACGCCGAUUAACCAUGUCUCGCUUCUCUCCUUCGGGCUUUCUUCCAGUCCGCCGCAGCGACAAAGAAAUAUGCGAGAAGAUCGCACAACGGCCUACAGAGUAUGGGCGUAUUGCACAAUCCAUAAGACUUGCGGUGGGCGAAGGCGACCCGGGCACGUUCGCCGGCAUUCGGCGCAGUAGCAGACAGCAAGCGAGCAGCAAGCGGGGUAGGAGGAGGAGGGACAGAAUGUCACAGCGCCGACUGCAAGACCGGACAGCCUCAGGCUUGACUACGCUCCCCUCUAACUCUGACAAGGGCGAACCUCAGACAACACGUUUGCCUCCUCUAUCAUAGCAAUCGAGUCCAGCAUCUGAGAGGGGACGAGUCACUCACCAGUGGGGGUUCAAAGCGCGUCAGUCCUCUAAGCAAGCCGGUGCUCAAGGUCGAAUGUGAAGAUGAAGAUGGCGAGUGGCGAGGUCUCUUAUGUAGUCCAGAUCUCAAGUGGGUGUGUAUAUAACAAAGGGAAUCUGAUCGGUCCUUCCGGCCUUCCGGUUGGUUUGACGACGUGUGUUCAUCAGGGAUGUGAUGGGUGUGACUUACAAGGGCUUGGAAGGGCCUCCGCGGGGAAGAAGCUAGGGGACAAUGCAAGCCACGGUGACAGUGGCUCCCUUGUGGGCGAUCAAGUGGACGCACAUGUUUCCGUUGUUCUCUGCGAUGCGG